AUGUCGCUGAAAAUAUGUGUUCUAAUUGUGAUAAUGUUUGCAGUGUUUUCUUGCGGUAAAAAGACGAAACAAAACAAGGCCAGAGGAUAUAGACAGCAAGAUGCGUGCGAGCCGUUAGAGUUUCAGUGCAGCAGCGGCUGGUGCAUCCAAGAAGACUGGCGGUGUGAUACGGAGAAAGACUGUCCUGAUAACUCGGAUGAACUUAAAUGCCCUACUGACUGCACCGGGGAGCAUCAGCUGAAGUGCAACAACGGGAUAUGCAUCUCUAGAGAGUACCAAUGUGAUGGCGAUGAUGAUUGUGGAGACAAAACUGAUGAGACUGGAUGUUCUGCACUUGCGUGCUCAGGUGGGGAAGUCAAGUGUGAUAACAACCUGUGCAUUGAAGAAUCCUGGGUCUGUGAUGGUGAUAAUGAUUGCAGAGAUGGAUGGGACGAAAGCAACUGCCGUUAA